AUGAAUUUAUUUUCAAAAGUAGGACCAUUAGUUAGUAGAUAUGGUCUUCUUCGUAAGCUACGUAAUCAUAGGAAUAGGUUUUCGGACUACUACAAAGGUUUUACAACAUUGUCGUACUUAAAUUUGAUACCAGAUUCUGAAAAGACAAACAGCCUUUCAAAUCUAGAUUUAAAUGAUUGCCUUAAAUCAGGGAGAUGCGAAACAUUUUCUCGUUUUAUUGAGAAUUAUAGGACUAUAGUCCAUAAUUUAAACUAUAAGGUAGAAAAUGUAGAAUCUUACUUCAAGUGGAGCUCAGACUUAUCAAAAGAGUUUGAGUAUGAGAUGUUAGGAUCAUACGCAUACUAUUUGAAGGAGCUCAAUGGGUCCUUAAGUUUGUGUAGAACCCUAAUGAGUGGAUGCAAGAGACUGAGGAAGGAGUCGGAGCUGGAGAAGUGUAUUCUGAUGAAUGGGAAGGCCCUGUUAGAUUUUUCAGAACUAUCGAAAGAGGGCAUCGUCAAUGUGAAGAAGUUGAGAGUAAGUCCAAAGGGUGAUUUUAUAAGUGUACAAUAUGACCCAGAUUUUAGAGACAGCCACAAGGUUAGGUUUUAUUCAAUCGCAAAAGGCAGGCUCCUUGAGGCAGUCUUGGAAGAUGUGGGAGAGGCGUACAUGAUGCCGCAUCCUCCAAAUGGUAGAUUCACACGUUUGUAUUACACACAAGUAAACUCUCACAAGAGAGCAUGUAAAUUAGUCACGUCACUAAUACACAGCAGUACGGGACGCGUUAUUUCGAAAAAGGUGGUUUACAAUGAGCCAGUUCACUACAUAUCGCUGUACAAAAGUAAGAGUGGAAAGGCACUGUUCAUGGCGACGACGAGCUACAGCAAGGUGUUCACGACGUUUUUGAUAAGAGAUAAGGGGAAAAUGUACGUGAUUCCAACGACAAAUGACACGAAAACACUGCUAGAAUACAGGAAUCACAUAGUGUAUCGCAUAUACUCAAACACGGAAUCACAAAUAUCGAUGAUACCUACCAGACAUUUGAAGCCGUAUAGUUUAAGGUUUAGGGACAGAACGAUCUAUAAAGCACGCGAAUAUGAUAGUAUUAAAGUGAAGUACAUAGUGACAGACAUAGAUAUGUUUGAUAAGGGACUAGUGUUAUAUCUGAUGAAGCCACCAAGUACGCCCAUGGUUGCAAUACUGCCAUUUGGCAAAAGGGGAUCGAUUCAGAGUGAUAAGUUGGUAGAUGGAGUUAGAGAUGGUACAAAUGUUGGAGGUGUUACAGGUAUUGCAGAUGGUGAAGGAGCUAGAGAUGCAAAUGGUGAAAAAGAUGAAAAAUCUGAUGAAAAGAGUGGUGAGGAUAGGAGAAUAAAGAUAAGAAGGAUUCCCACUCAAAAGGUGGGUAUUAUUGAACCAGCCACAAAUAUGAAUUACUAUUCAAAUUCAGUAAAGUUCAAUAUAAACAGCCCUGGAUCACUGGAAGUUAGAAUGGAAGUGGAUUUGGAAACACUGGAAGUUAAAAAGAUGAGCGACACAGAUGAUGGAAUUAGGUCGUUUGUAAUAGAGGUGCCAAGUAAAGACGGAUCCUGUAAAAUACCAGUGACGAUUGUGGCAAAGGGAGAAGGAGUGGAAGAGAUAGGAGACAUAGCAAGGAGAAAAUGUAUGCUGUACGUGUACGGGUUCUACGGAGAAAAUUUAAAGGUCUGCAACCACAUAGAGCACCACCCACUGCUUGAAAUGGAGUACAUUCUCUGCUUUGCACACGUGAGAGGAGGUGGAGAGUUAGGAAAGGAGUGGCAUAGAAUGGGAGCGAAGGAAAGGAAGCACAGUUCAUUCUACGAUCUAGUGGACGUCAUGAAGUACCUGAUUGGGAAAAAUAUUACGACGAGUAGCCGAAUGGUGAUAAACGUGUCGUCAGCAAGUGGAGUGCUGGGAGGAUGUGUGUACAACAUGAGUCCAGAACUGUGCUCAGCGAUUGUGUUUAAGCUGCCGUACCUGGACCUGCUGGGCACAGUGACCGACGAAGAAAACGCGCUGGUUGAGCUGGAGUACGAAGAGUUUGGAAACACGCGCGAGGAUGCGCAGGUGCUCGAAGGUGUGUACUCACUGGACCCGUGUAGCAACGUCAGGAUCGUUAAGGCCCCGAGACCAGCUCUGAUCAUAAACUGCGACGAGAGAGAUGUGAGGGCGCCCUGGUACCACACCGCCAAGUUUGUGACCCUGGUGAGCCAGAGUCACGGAAACGAAAGCAUUCUCGUCAAGCUCUCGAACCACGGCCACGACGGAUGCCCACCAGACGGCUACUUGGUGAGAACUAUCUCAGAAUAUAUAUCGAUAGUUGACCACAUUGUAACCAGAAACACACGAAGUGGAAUCUAA